AUCCUCUUAUAAACUCACUUCGUUCGUUUCAUAAACCCAUACUCGUAUCUUAAUGCCUUUCAUUAUGUAGCAGUCACAUAAACUACCAUUAUGUUUGAAAGGAUAUGCCCUCAAAAUUCAUCAAAAUUAUACUCUCUAAAUCGAUUAAGAAGUAAAAUUACUCAAUCCGAUUAAGAACGUCUAUUUACUCCUAAUUUAAAAAUGUACAUAUAGGUUAAAAAUAAAAUUGAAACCACACAGGAAACGUGAUACUUGAAGCCUGUCUGCUAUGAUUGGUUUCAUUGAAUGUCAAUUUCAUUCCAAUUUUUGGUUUGAAUCAUCUGUUGCCCUUCUCUCACCUGUGGCUUAUAAACGAUUGGGAAACUUGAUACACAGUUACCUCGAGUAAAUAAAAAAAACGAGCUGUUACAUUAUUUAAUACUCAUAAUUUUUGCUCUAAUAAUAACAGUAAUUUGCACAGUCUACGACCAAAUGCUGAACCACAUACCGCAAACCUACUUUUACCAUUUCCACCGAAUUAUUUUUGUUCACUUUAGUUAUAACUAGUUAUUUAAUUAUAAAAUGACCAUACGCACUAAGCUACGGAGAUUGGUCGCUAGUUAUACGCAACGACAACCACUUCUAGUAGCUUAGAUAGAAACACGGAGUUUAGUCAUUUAUGUUUUUAACACCGAACAUCUCUGACCUCUGUCACUGUCAGUGUAUCUCAACUCAAGUCAGGUACUCAGCGGAUGGUUAUGUUAGAAUAUAAUGUAUAACUAGGUGCAAUUUGAAGUUCCGCGGUUAAAUAAUAUCCUCACCAUAAUUGUAGCCCGCCUUUAAUUCGAUGUAUUGAGCUGGAUUCCUGCAGUAAGUUUAUAUUUUAUAAGUACCAUAUAAAGAUACUAUUUAUACAGCACGAUGUUUUUAUCUCUCUCUUCAUUUGAGUAGUGUGUGUUUUUAAUAUAAUCUAUCCUGUAAUGAUCCUGUAUUAUGUAAUGUAGGUUAUUAUUUUUCUAUUUGUUUUUUUAUUAUCUCAAACUUUCCCUCAUUUACUCCGGGGUCAAACAAUGCAUAUAUUAUUUAACAUAAUAUAUAGUAUUUUUAUGUAUCAAAUCAAAUAGAUACUAGAGGUUACAUAUUCACAUAAUAUAAUUAUGGAUAUCUACAAUCAAGUUUUUCACACAUGGCUUAUACACAAAGAAAACUAACCUAAAAUUAAUCUAAAACCCGUUCUGCGCCAUAUGCGGUCACACUCACAGCGUUGAUACUUUAUAUAUUUGGCGAUAGAGGCCUGCUCGACAAGCCAUGAGCCCGAAUGGGGGUCAUUGCCGUUCUCCCUUCCUUUUUUAAAUUAUACGUUGCUUAAUAAUAUAUUUUGACCAGAUAUUGUUAUUCUGUCACAGGUAUAACAAAAUAUUCGGUGCGUCAAUAUGAGACAGUUCUUAGUGUAUGUUUUCGUAUUAUACAUAAGUAACAUAAGUGUCAGAGCUACGACGACCGACAAGGUGAAAUUUCGAGAACUGGAUCCUGUGUCUAAGGAGCUGAUUAUGAAACUAUUUAUAGGAGAUUUGGCACUUUUUGGCGACGGUGCUUAUCUUAAACCUCGAAAUUACAAGGAUGACAUCGAUGAUUUCAAGAAUGUUAAAGUGCGGCCUGAUGAUGUCUGGGUCGCCACUUUUCCUCGUUCAGGAACCACUUUGAUGCAAGAAUUAGUCUGGUUGAUAAAUAACAAUUUUGACUACGAAACUGCCAUGAAGAUAGAGUUAACAGAGAGAUAUUAUUUCCUGGAGCAUCCACGAAAUCAUAACUCCACUGUUGAAAAAAAUCAGGAAUAUGCGCGACACAUGCCAACUUUUGACAUGAUGGUGAACUCGCCUUCACGACGUUUUAUCAAGACUCAUCUGCCCUUUUCUCUUCUUCCUGGAAAUCUGCUGGACACUGCUAAACUAGUAUAUGUAGCCCGAGACCCGAGAGACGUAGCUGUGUCCUACUACCAUUAUAAGAAAAUUGUUAAGCGUGAAUAUUCAGGAGACUUUAAAACUUUUUGGAACAUGUUCACGCGUGAUUUAGUUGUACACUGUCCGUUUUUGCCGCACAUAAAAGAAGCCUGGGCACAGCGUCAUAAUCCGAAUAUGCUGUUUAUGUUUUACGAAGAAUUGAUAAAGGACUUGCCAGCUGCAGUUGAUCGCGUCGCAAAAUUUUUCGACAAAGACAUCACCAAUGAACAAAACAAGAUACUUUGCGAGCACUUAAAUAUCAAGAACUUCAGGAAGAAUACAUCCGUUAACCCCGACUGGUUGAACAAGGGCGUGGAGGAUCUCGAAAAACAAGGCUUCGUACGGAAAGGUGUGGCAGGCGACUGGCACGAGCACUUCGACGAUGAGAUGAUAGUACAGGCGCAGCUCUGGCUAUGCGAUGGCCUCAAUGGCACCGACCUGUUCUUCCCGACAAUGACCAGCUGUGACGUUUAGAAAGGUAUAACUAGUGAUCGGCACGGACGGUGACACACCACGGGUUUCCUAGUAAAAUUCUUAUUCAAAAACUUUAAAAAAAUAUUAUUUAAAAUAACACUCUAUCGAAUUACUUUUUCGAACAAAAUCGCUAUAUUUCAGUCAUCACCAUUAAUGUCCAUAUUAAGUUUGUUCGGAAUCCGGCGGUCCGUGCCGAUAACUAGUUAUAUUAUAACACUAUAAUUUAUAAGGGCUUAUGUUUUUUAACUGGUCACUAAUUGAAUAAGCUGCAACUAGCAUACUAAAAUAUUAUCUCAUUCCCAAUGUUAGAAAUAUAUGACCAAUAUGUGUUAAGAUUACAUUGUGAUUCAUAAUACACAAGUGCUACACAAUUCAUUUUAAAUAAAUAUUGACCAAUUCACAUACAACUCUUCGUUACCAUAAAUGAUGUUUACACGUUCGAAGUCAAUUAUCGAGACCAUCCACUAUGCCAAUUUAGCAUUGACGUCGUUUAAAUAAGGGACCAUUUACACGAGGAAGAAAUAUGAUUUUUUUUUAAUUCCAUUUAUUUUUCACGUUAAGAAACACAUCAACCAAAAAAAAUAUUGGAGGAGAUAAAAAUAACAAAAAAAAUGGUUGUCUAUGUCAAAUAACUUUUCUUUAAAUUUAAUUAUUGAAGUGAACCCUUUUGUACCUAGGAAACUAUGUGCAAUAUCAUCAUGUAUAUAUUAUAUAAUGUAACAUAACAACAUAACAUAACAUAACACACAUAACACACAACACACACACAACACACAUACACACACACAGGUAAAGCAAGAAGUCCUUUAUACCAUUUCUUAGACUAAGAAAUAAUUUAACUGCGGUUAUUAUUUUUGUUAUAAAGAGAAGAAGGAAUCUAAUAAAUUGCAACGCUUCCUUUCGUUUAUCUUAAUAGAAAACUCUUUAGCAAAUUGUAGCUUCUUUCAUAAUGACGAGUGGAAAUAAAAUAUUAUCGCUUUCUUUUUCAUUUGAGCAGGUUGUUGUUCUAUAUUUACUCUGCACGAAAUUGUUUUGAAAAAUUAAGUAGCCCGACAAGUAAUAAUACUUAUAUUGCGUGCGUCCCAUGAGCCCAUGACACGGGCAAGGGCAGCAUCCGCUUGGUGUACAUUUCCUUAAAGUGUCAAAAAGUCUUCUACGUGUUGGCUUCGGCUCCGCGUUCGCCUCCCAAAUGUUGAACACCAUUGUUCCGUAAUGGGAAAGACGUCUAAUAAUAUAACUUGUAAUAAAACAUGGUUGUUUUUUUCUCAAUUUUUGUUUUUACGGACCAAUUAAGUGUGUGAAAUUAUUAACAAUGAACCCAGAACUAAAUAACGUGUUAAUUUAAAACCAAUUUUUUGAAGUAUUGUAUUUGUAAAAAGUAUUUUUAUGGUUGUAAUUAAUUUAAGAUUACGGAUAUGAAGAAUGUACUAAAUUGAAUACAUUAAUACCUACUUAAAGGUUAGUAUUUAAUAAUAAGACUUAUUUUAAAUCACCUAUUAUGGUAAAUGUCGGAGUGCUCGUCACUGACCCAUUACAUGUCAUUUUAAACUUACAUCAUUAGCAAUAGAAGGGAGAAAAGAGACAUCCAUAAUAAUCCAUUGGACAUUAGUCGAACUCUGGGACGUUUCACCUGGCUCGUAUGAAAUUUAAACUUACCUACUGGUGUAUUGAAUUCAAUUGGAUAGAACUCGUUGCUAAUUUUUUUUUUUAUCUAGACGAAACCAGCAGGGUUUCGUUUUUUCCACUGUUUCACAUUGACAAACUAAAGUGCACGGUUCGAAUUUCCAAGCGGAAUACAUUUAUUUCCUUUUCGUAUUGUAACCUAUUCGGUAUAAAACUACACGUUCGCCGUUGAACUGUUUUUGGUAUGGUAUUUAGAAAACAAAAUCCAGUUCUAUUUUUACGAACUUUUAUUUAAGUGGCCGCGUUAAUCUGUGUGAGUAUAAUCUUGAAAGCUACAAGUAAAAUAAAGUGGAGUUCAACAGAAUUUUCUAAUAAUGUAAACGAACAAAUUUAAAUUUACCUUCGUUACAUCGUAAUCUAGCACUUUUUUAAGGCCAAAUGUGAUUUUAUCAACAGUUUAUAUACUUAAAUUGAUUAUUUAUAUCAAUUUUAAGUUACAAAAUAUGUUGAUAAUUAAUUAUAUCAUUGGAAAUAUCUUUAAUAAAAAUGUUAGGUUAUAUGUAAAAUACUAACAAAAUAUGUCAUAUUUGUGUACAUUUUUUCCAACUUCUUUUGAACUCCAUUUGAUCAUAAACCAACCCCGAAAUCUUCAAAACCCGAAUAUGCUUAUUUUAAGGUACCAUCACCAUUUGUUAGAUCUACACCCCAGCCUCGCAUUACACCUCUGUUCGUAAUUCUCAAUACCAGCACAGUGACAUUAGUCACUAGUCCUCUAUAUACUACUUACUUACUCCUCUGGCGCAGCGACCCAAAGUGUGUCUUAGCCUUAGCCAACACCUCCUCCUCCUCCUCCUCCUCCUCUAUAUGUUGCACUCAACCAUACUAAUAAUGACGUUAUUUUACUUUAUCCCACCCUUGACAUAUUCUCACAGAGCAACUGAAAUUCCUAGCCACAGCAGCCCGCUACCUAGAGUCAAUAUCUACACCCACUACCCACAACUGUUAAUAUUAAUUAAAUUUAGUGAUAAGCUUAGUCUUAUUAGUUUUAAGUAUGUCUGUAUCCCAUAACUUGCGUGUUUGGUUUACCUGUAAAUCUAAAUUGGUUAAUAAAUGAAAUAAAAUUAAUCUAGUUCUGAAUGAAUAUAUUUAUUCUAGACACUAACCCUCACAUUCAUAAACAUGUACUAAAGUUACGACGCCAGUAAUCAUCGUUUGUCCCUUUCCGACGUGUUGGUAUGAUGGAAAGGGACAAACGAUGAUUAGCGGCAUCGUAACUUUAGUACACGUUUAUGAAUAACGGGGCAAUUAUCCACAUACUUAGGUAGUUUCGGCAGCCAACUGUUUUCACAACUUAUUUUUCAGUCUCAUAGCGUCGAACCAAGUCAACUGUGCUUGGAAUUUGAAAUGACAAAAUAUGGCCAUGUCAUCAUUCAUAUCUCAUUUCUAUGAAAUUAUGACGUUUAUGAAAAGUGAUGAGACUCCUCACUUUUUCUGUUCAAAUCGAUGCAGUUAGCUUAGACGGACUCUAGUAAAAGUAUUAUCCACCUUCGUUUGCUAAGGCCCCGUUUUGACCUGUUCUGAUAUAAUGGUAACUACGAAACCCUACACUGAGCAUGCUCAGUGCCAUGGGCCAUGG